AGCAAUCUGCUUAUUUUGACCAGAUUUUGUAUUCCCAUCUUCUGUGGCUCAAUUUGGUCCCUUCACAUUCCAUUAACUUUGAAUUCUACCGCUAUUAUUUUUUUCAAACUCGAUUGUUGAAACCAGAAAUCAUUCAUCCAAAUUUGUGAUUUCAAUGGCCUCAUUCAUCUCCUCCCUCACUCCGAUCAAUAAAAACAAUUUCACACUCUCUCCACAAUACAAGAGCUUCCCCACAAUCAAAACCUCAAAAAUCCAAUCCUCAAAUUCUCAAGAAACUCCGGCAGAAGACCCUGUUAAGCUUGCAUUGGCCAAAGCUAAAGCAUACAAAAACUCUGUGAAAUCCGGUGUCCCAACUCCGAAGUUCGUCCCUGAAAUCAGUGGAAAGAAGGAUGAUUCCAAGCAAAUUAAUGAAAUCGAGGAUGAUGAUGUGGAGGAGGAUGUUCCUUUGGCUGUUAAGAUUGCAGUGGAGAAGGCAAAGCAGUACAAAAAAAGUAAAAUUCUCGAAGACAGUGAAGGGGUUGCUUCGAAUAUAGUCGGAAAUUCGGAUGCAGAACGCGGUGGAGUAGAUGUGGAUGGGAAGAAUGAUGAAGAUGAGGGUGGGGGGAAGGCGAUUCCUCUAUCUGUUAAACUUGCAUUGGACAAGGCAAAGGAAUAUAAGAAGAACACAGGUGUUGAUAAUGGCGGAGUUGGUGAGAACCAAGCAUUUGUUUCAGGGCUUAAAGGAGGGGAUGAGAGAAGUGGUGGAGAUAAACAAUCAGUUAAGAGUUCUGGUAAAAAGGAUGAGCUCAAGGUUUCAAGUAUUGAUUUUAUGGGACUGGGGUUCGCGGAUAAGAAGAGCGGUAGAGGUUUGCCUGCUGGUUUAGUUCCGUUGUCAGACCCUUUUCCGGGAGGGGAGUUACCUGAGGUCGAGAUUCUUGUUGGAGAUACGAGCAACUUUGGUGAAAAAUCAGCGGCCCAAGUCGAAGAAAACGAUGUGGAUCUGUAUAAACCAAAGGUUUCUACUUGGGGAGUCUUUCCAAGACCAAACAACAUUUCAAAAACAUUUGGUGGUGGGAGAACUUUACGCCCUGGGGACGCACUUGAAACUGCAGAGGAGAGGGCUGCCAAAGACGCACGUACAAUGCAGUUGCUAGCUGAUUACAAGAGACAAUUUGGCCUAAACAUUGAUCCGGAACUAAAAUCUGAAUGUGAGAAGGCAUUGAAGGAUGGUGACUCACUGAUGGAUCUCGGAAAGCUGAAGGAGGCAUCGCCCUUUUAUGAAAAUGUCAUGGAGAAGCUGCCAUUCAAGAGCGAACUUCACGGAUUAGCAGCUCUGCAAUGGUCUAUAUGCCAGGACUCGCUCAGCAGAUCCAAUGAGGCACGUGUCAUGUACGAGAAGCUUCAAUCUCACCCUAGCCCUAAAGUAAGCAAGAAGGCUCGACAGUUUGUCUUUGGCUUCCAGGCAAUGGAAAUGAUGAAGGUUAGCAGCAUGAAUCGCCCUUCGCUUAGCGCCAGUUAUCAAAAUUUCUUCAACGCAUUUGUACAGCAGAAGACAAAUUAUCCAUUAAAAGAGGCUGAAUUGGAUGAAGGUGGACUCAAUCAAGCCAUCCCCUACUUUAUUUUUCUGGCUUCUCCCAUUUUUAUGGUGCUACUGAUUGCUGCAUCUAGGCAAUAAAAAAGAGUUGCUUUUUUUUCUUCUUCUUUUUUGCCCCAUUGGAAUGUAAAUAGGACCAAAGCUAAAUACAUAGCUCAUUAGAAACUUUGAAGCAGUUUGGCAAUAUGAUAAUCUUGGAGGAAUUACAUUUUGCCUGUAAACAACAUAUGUAUCAGUUGUUCACUGUGUUAAACAUCUUCAAGAUACUUA